ACCUUGCCGUCACCCUGCUCUAUGCUUUGUACUACAACUGUAUCCUUGCCUCUCUUUCCCCUGUAAAGCUUCGGGCAAUUGUGAAACCCAUCUGUGCACGCGAAUGCAAGAUUAGGUCAGCGAGCCCCAUAGGUCCUCAAGCGAAAAGGCGGCAUCAGUUGCAACCUAGUCUGAACAAUCGACGUACCCUCGGAAGCUCAACCUGAAAUUCCCAGGACGUGCUUUCCUCAACAAGUUUAUGUUAAGGCUAUGUUAGCCGCACAAUGCAGCAGCCUUCUUCCCGGUGCGCCUGCUGGAUGGCCCAUGUCCCAGUCCCGACCUCACGUGCUUUGACCCGUCACGACGACGAUUAGGUCGUCCGGCGAGCGAGCCCUUUCGCCAUGCUUCGCAACUCUCUCGCCGGCGUCGACGCCGCAAGGCGCGCCGAGCUGGUGGAAUGGGCGGAGUCGACGUGGGAGAACGGCGAGACCGAGGACGCCAUGGCUCCGCAGGUGCCGUUCGAUCGCACGUCCUUAGCAGCAGAAGCAGUUCCGGGGCAAGACACGUCGGGAAUGUCAGGAGGAAGGGGAGGGGGAGGAGCUCUCGAGGGUGUUGGUGUUCUGAGCCCUGGUCUUAGCCCUGGUCGGAGCCCUGGUCGGAGCCCUAACUCACUGCCGUCCGUCCAUGCAAACCCGUUCACGCGCAACCUCACAGAUCCCAGCAGCCGCGUCAGCAGCGCGGAAACUGCGCAGUUGUUGUGGGGGAAGCGGCGGGGAAACUCAGGGAGCUCAGUUGCUGUUUUCGAUCUAGGCGUGCAUCCCCAAGGAGCUACGCAGUCUCAACAACAGCGCUCUCCCCACCAGCUGCAUUCUCCCCGCCGCGCGUUUACAUCCCCACAAACCCGCCUGCUAUCUCCGCAGCACUCUCCGCAAUCUCGUCUACUCUCCCCGCAGCUCUCCCCGCAGCUCUCCCCGCAGCUCUCCCCGCAGCUCUCCCCGCAACGGCGCGUGCUUUCCCCGCAGCUUUCCCCACAGCCUCGCCUAAUCUCACCACAGCACACCUCAUCGCGCCAGCAUCGACUGCUCUCCCCGCAACACCCCUGGGGGGCGGAUCCGCGUGAGCUCGCCCUCCGCCGCACGAUCUCUAUGCCGGAGGCGGACUUCGACGCCGCGCUCCCGUUUCCUCGCGCGCACGGCGCUUUCGCGGAGGGCGCGGCAGGCUCGCCUGGGAACAGGAACGCGCUGGGCGCAGCAGGUAUGCUUCCGCGGCUGCUGAGCCCGCAGCUGGUGACGGGGGUGCGCGGAGUGAUGCUGCGCGCGAUUGAGGGGCACAAGCGGGGCGCGUCUGCGGAUGUAGUGGAGACCGCGCAGAGGGCGCUGCGCAAGAGCAGCAUUGACAUGCUGGUGAUUGAGAGAGAUGAUGAUGGUGGUGAUGCCGCUGCGCCUGGUGUUACUGCUGCCCCGGGUUGCCUUGGCUCCCCGCUUUCUCUAGGUCCCCAUGGCGUUACAGCUCCGUGGGGCUCACCAGUGGCAGCAGUACCAGCACCAACAGCAGCAGCAACAGCACCACCAUUAGCAGCAGCACCACCAGUAGCAGCAGCGGCGGCAGGAGUACCAGCAGUGGGGGCGAACGAGGGUCGGCCUAUGAUGUUCAGGAGCAGCAGCGACAAGGGGCCGAAUACAGGCGCCAGCGCUGCCAGCAGCAGGCGAGGCGACGUUUUACAAGGGCAAGGGCAAGGGGGUCGGGUCACACAACGGCCUGUCACCUCAGCCACCCCAGGUGCCGGGCGCAGAGCCGUGGGGCAAGGCGCAAGGGGACAGGGCGCGCUGGGGCAAGGGGUAGUGACACAAAGGACGGCAGGCGAUGCGUCUGUGGGCCAUGGCAGCAGGGCAGCAGCAGCAGCAGUAGCAGGUAACGGGGUGCAUGGCGUUGCAAGCGAUGCGAUGGCAGGUGAAUCAGUAGCAGCUCUGGAUCUUGCCAGGGGCGGGUAUACAGCUGCUCAGAUGGGCCAGAGCAGGCCUGCUUCUGCCUCUGCUUCUGGCUCUGCCUCUGGCUCUGCCUCUGCUUCUGGCUCUGCCUCUGCCUCUGGUUCUGCUGCUACCACUGCUGAAUCUCCCGCCUCUAGCUCGUCCGCUGCUGCCACUGCUACUGCUACAAGUGCUCUGUUUACUGGGACGAGGGGGAGGAGGAGGGGGAGGGGGGGAGGAGGGGGAGGAGGGGGAGGAGGGGGAGGAGGGGGAAGGGGAGGAGGAGAGGAGGGCGAGCAGCUGCGGUGGCUGGACUCAGCAGGCGGAUUGGCUCUGGGGAGCGUUACUCCUCGUGGUUUUUCAUCCAGCAGUGCUUCGCCUGGGCCGCCUACUCCUGGUAGUGUGACUCCAGGGAGUGUGACUCCAGGGAGUGUCUCGUCACGAGGCAGCAGGGGCGGGGCUAUGGGUGUGAGGAGACCACCGAGGGGCGGCGUUCCUCCGCCUACCAGCACCAUGUUCCGCUCUAAAAGCCUCACAGACAGCCAGCAGCAGCAGCAGCAGCAGCAGCUGCAACGGCAGCAGCUACAACAGCAACAGCUGCACUCUCCGCAGCAGCACUGCUCCCCCCAGCACCAGCAGCAGCAGCAGCACGGCCAUGGGGAGCCAUCUCCCACAGCACAGGCAGCAGCAGCACCAGCAGCAGCGAGGAACGCUUUCCCUGGCAAGGCGAGGCCGGUCACGCCUGUUCCGGAAGGUGAGGUGUGCGACAUGCUAGCAGCCACUGCGGGUGCUGCUGCUGCCGCUGCUGCUGCUGGAGGGGCGGUUGACACUGUGGGAAUGGUAGGAGUAGGAGCAGUAGGGGCAGGAGGAGUAGGAGCGAUAGGAGCAGGAGUAGGAGUAGGAGCAGUAGGAGCAUCCGGAGGUGUAGGAAGAGUAGCGGUGGAAGGAUCUGUAGCAGCAGCAGGGAAAGCAGGAGGUGAAGCUGCUGCUGCUGCUGCAGGAGGUGCGGGGAAUGGUGGCACAGUGGGCAGAGGGAUAGCAGGAGGUGCAGGCGUAGGGCCAGACCAUUUAGGAGCAGCAGGAGCAGCGGGAGCAGCAGUUAGAGGCACAGGCCCAGGAGGGCGAAUGCCCUUUGGUGCCAUCUCACCACGGCCAGGAGGGGCUGCAAGCAGGGGCGCAGCAGGAGGGGCUGUAGCAGGGAUGGUGCCUAUCUCUCCCAGGACCCCAGGGGCAGCAGGGCGGGGGGCUGGAGGAGCAAGGGGCAGUGCAGGGCAGGUGAGGGAAGGCAGCAGCAAGGCCGCCAUGCACUGGCCGGGAUCAGGAUCAGAAUCAGGAUCAGAAUUGGCGUUAGGGUCAGGGGCGGGGUCGAGGGUGGAGUGGGGAUUAGGGUUUGGUCGCUCCAUGUCUGAGAGCGGUGCUGUGAGCCGGGGCGGCGAGGCGCGGGCUGACGUGCGAGAGUUUGCGAGCCUGGCUACAGUGGACGAAGUCGAUGGGGCUGUAGCAGGGGUCGCUGUAGCAGGAGGGGCUGUAUCUGACAGUGGUGAAGGCUCUGCGCGUGCCCCCAGUGCUGCUGAUGCUGGUGCCUCGUCUCCUGCUGCCUUGAUGUUCUCAGAGUCUAGACGAGGAUGGGGAGGUGGAGGUGGAGGUGGAGGUGGAGGUGGAGGGGGAGGGGGAGGGGGAGGGGGAGGGGGAGGGAGAGGGAGAGGAGGAGCAGGAGGAGCGGGAGGUGGUGAUAGUGCGGUGAGAGAGGGCGAGGCAGUGGUAUCGUUAUUCCACUCUCCUGCGCUUGCUGCUUCCCAGCCUGUGAGCCCUCGGCCAUUGGGCCCCACACGGGCCACCAUGGAGCACCGCCAGCAGCAGCAGCAGCAGCAGCAGCAGCAGCAGCUGCAGGGGCAGGGGCAGGGGCAGCAGCCAGGUCAAGGUAUCGCAAACAAGCAAGCGCAGCGGCAGCAAGCAGGGCAGGGGGGAGGUGGAGGGGGGGGGUUAGGAGGAGGAGGAGUAGGGGGACUAGGAGGAGCGGGGCAGCAGAAGCACUCGAAGCAGCAUCACGGCAAGUACAGCAGUGGGCGGCCCCCCCCGGUGGCCAUCCACACUGCCACGGUCGCACAGGGCCGCGCCCUGAGCAAGUCCACCAGUGAGCCCGGGUGGCGCCUGGAGGACGUGUCUAUCAGGUCACCUGUUUCCCCUCGAAUGCUACCCCCGCCGUAUCCCCAUCCGGUGGCAUCCUCCCCUAGGCAACCCCACCCAUUCCAGCAUAACCAUCAGCAGCACCAUCAGCAGCAUAGCCAUCAGCAACAGCAGCAGCAGCCGCUACAGCCGUUUGCGCUGCUACAGGAGGUGCUGCAGGCACAGCAGUCACCUGGAUGGUCCUCUCCCGGUGUCAACCUGCGGCACGGACGCCUCUCCCUGCCGUCCCCCUCGCGCAUCCCCCUCUCCCCCACCUCAUCCAGCCUCCGUAGCCCGAGAUUUGGUGCUCUCAACUCCCCAUCAUUCUCCACUUCCGGCACCGCAUCUCCUGAUUCCGCCGCUGCUACUUCUGCCACUGCUCUCGCCUCACCUCGUCCCGUUGCCCCUUCUCCUGCUGCUGCUCCUGCUGCUGCUUCCAGUCCCAGGGCACCAGCAGCAGCAGCAGCAGCAGCAGCAGCAGCAGUAGCGGCAGGGGGUGGGCACAGCAGUGCGAUGGCAGCGCGGCUGCAGGGGGGGGUGGCUGGGCUGCGCAAGCUGCAAAAAUCCCUCACAGUCCCAGCACACAACCUGGCAGAGGACGAGGGGGAAGCAGUGGCGCUGCUCAAGAGCGGCAACCUCCCCUGGAAUCACAGCCCCGUCGCAUUCGGCGUGCAGGCCACUGCCACUGCUGCUGCUGUUGCUGCUGCUGCUGGUACUGCUGCUGCUGCUGGUGGUGCUGGUGCUGCUGGUGCUGCUGGUGCCGCUGGUGCUGCGCUUGCUGCUGGGGGUCCAGGUGAACCGGAGGAACCCGCUGGUCCCUGCCUCAUGCACUCCAACUCGAUCCACCUCGGCCCUGGGCAACGAGCUGCGGCAGAGGCUGCUGCUGGUGUUGCUGCAGCUGUGAAGCCUGUUUCCGGCUUGUCAUCCCCAGCAGCAAGUAGUGCAGAUGGGGCAGAAUUCAGUGGCGGUGUAAGCAGGGAGAGGCGGGCUCACUCCAUGUCCUUUUCAGGCCUUUCUGCUGCUGUUGGGCUGGUGUCCCCUGCGGGGAAAGGCCCUAUGUUUCACCGCACCUGGACUGAUCCUGCUGACAGACCGGAUAAGGUCCUCGCUGCUAGACGGGCCGUUUGUGGUGCUUCUGCUGCUGCUGCUUGUACUGCUGCUGCUGGUACUGCUGCUGGUGGUACUGCUGGUGGUACUGCUGGUAUGGUUACUGGUUCUGCCUCGUAUUUUGCUCCCAAUGGUGAUGGUAGGGGCACAGCACAGCAACCGCCAGGGGUAGCAGCGAUUCCCGUGCCCUCUCGCAGUCAACAGGCGUCACCUCGAGUAGGCUCUGCUGCUCCAUCACCAGGACCAUCACAGCAGCCAUCUCCCUUACCACAACAACCCUACCAACCCCACCAACACCACCAAUCCCCACAGCCCCAUUUAUCCCAGGCAGCAGCAGUAACAGCAGCAGCAGCGGGCACGUUCAGUCCCACGAGUGCGCGGCGUGCUGCCUUCCGCAAGGCGCGCAGUGUGCCCAAGCGCCUGCUCAGCGAGGUCAGCGGCUUCGCCUCCCCUGGGGGGGGCUCACCCGGGGGGACCCGAUCGGCCGGGUCCCCUCUCGGCCUGCCUCCCCCGAGGGCUGGGAUGAGCGCGGAUGGAGUGAGGGGCAGCAGGAUGGGGGGGGGUGGGGGAGGAGGAGGAGGAGGGAGAGGGGGAGCAGGAGGAGGAGGUGGUGUUGGUGGGGGUGCUGGGAGGGGAAGAGGGGGGAGAAGAGGCGGACUGGACGUGCAUGCGGAUGUGUCGAUCCUCCAGGAGCUUGAGCUGCCUAUAUUUUUCCAGAACGGCAAGCAGGCAGCCGGGAAGGGAGGCGCUGGGGGCAGGAACGGUGGAGGAGGAAGGGGAGGUGCAGCAGCAGCAGGAGCGGCAGGAGCAGCAGUGGCGGUGACAGCAACGGCAUGCAUAGGGGAGGGGGGAGCCAGCACGGUCCAUCUGAGCAGGCGAGGGUACGCGCACCGGGUGUUCCGCACACAUAACUUCCCCCUGUCUGUGGGCGCGGUGCUAGGCGCGGUUUCGGACCAUAACGACGCCAUCACUGUCACCCCGGCCUCCCCCUCCGCGACCGCUGCUCCCAUUGCGUCCCCGUGGACCCCUCCCUCCACUGCUGCUGCUGCUGCUGCCGCUCGUUCUCCCUCCUCCUCACAGCAUCCCUCCUUGCCUGCCUCUCAGCCCAUCCCCUCGUCACCCUCUCCGCCCCUCACUCCUCCCAUUCUCCCUCCUGCCGUUGCAUCAGCAAGCCCAGCAGCGUUGGCAGGAGGAAGUGAAGGAGCAGGUGCAGGAGAGGCCAGGGUCAGGGAAUCAGGUGCAGCAGCAGCAGCAGCAGCUGAGGCAGCAGGUUUUGAGUUCUUGCCUGAUGGGGGGAGCACUGAGGCAACAGCGACCGCAACAGCGACAGCAACAGCCACAGCAACAGCUACUGCUGCUCCUGCUGCUACUGCCACUGGUCCUCUUGCUGGUCUGGGAAGGGUGGCGGGAGGAGGGGGCAUUGCCAUUGCCGGUCCACCGGCAGGCAGUUUGAUCCGCAAGCUGUCGCUGUCCCUGUCGCCUCUGCUCAUCCCCCACGCCGACUCAGUCGAGAGCAGCGAUGGGGGUGCUGCUGUCCCCAUUGCUGUCAUAGCUCCACCUCAAGCAACCGCUGCUACUACUGCUGCUGCUACUGUUUCUCUAAACGCUGGUGCUGCUGGUGCUGCUGCUUUCCCCGCUGUUCAACUGGAUGUAUUCCCAGCGGCUGCAGGCAGCAGCAGUGCAGCGGGCGUCGCCCCCCCCUGGCUCCCAGUGGCCUCCCCCCGUCCCAUGCCAUCCCGACCUCUCGCCCCUGUCACCCCUGCCGCCACCACUCCCACUCUUCCUGCUGCCACCACUCCCACUUUCGGAAGCCAAGCGGCAAGCAGCGGCGGCGGGGGUGGAAGCUGGGGGGAGUCCACCUCCACCGCCUCGAGUGCUUUUGCCAUGGGCAUGCUCAGCCCGAUGGGAGGCGGGGGAAGGGGAAUGGGAAUGGGUGCGAGGCGGGCAGGGGGGUAUGUGGCCCACUCCGUCUCCCCCUCCCCCUCCUCGUCCACAGGGCGCAUCAGCAGCCCUGUGCUGGGGAGUGCAGGAGCAGGGCCCAAUGCCCGCCAUAGAUCCACUGGCCCCCCCAGUCCCAUGGGGUCAAUGGGGUCAAUGGGGUCAGCAACCGGGCCUCUUAGCCCCCUGAGUUCAAUGAGGUCAAUGGAGUCGAUGGGGUCCAGCAGCGGCCCUCUCAGCCCGCUACGUUCCAUGGGGACUCUGGGAUUGGUCAGUCCCAGAGCCGGAGGAGUGGCAGUAGCAGCAGCAGCAGCAGCAGCAGGAGCAGCAGGAGCACCAGCAGCAGCAUACAUGGGUGUCGGCACACAUGGUCCGCUGUCCCCUAUGCGCCAUGUCCCCAUGCCCGGGCCUGUCUCCCCUCCCCUGGGCCUCAUGAGCCCUGUGGGCGGGAGGGGAGGGAACCGUCUGUUCAGCCCGGUGCUUGCAGGGCCGCAUGGGGCCGGCAGGGGGCGAGGAGCCGCAGGCGGGCGAGUGGCCCCGGAAGCAGCAGGAGUAGCAGGAGCAGCAGGAGUAGCAGGAGCAGCAGGAGCAGCAGGAGCAGCAGGAGCAGCAGGAGCAGCAGGAGCAGCAGGAGCAGCAGGAGCAGCAGGAGCAGCAGGAGCAGCAGGGAAGUACCCUCGGUUCAAGUCUGAAGGCGGGCAGUCAGCAAUGGCGGCGCUAGGCGCGCUCAGUGGCCUGCUCAGUCCGCGGGGGGCAGCAGGGCUCGUCCCGCUAGUCCCCGCCUACAGCCUCCCAGCAGGGGGCGCGUCCCCGCAUCUGCAUGGCGCGCUAUGGGGCAUGCCCGCCUCUGCUUCCCUCUCAGCCGUUCCCAGGGGUUCGGGUGACGUCACAGGAGGGGGUGGAGGAGGAGGAGGAGAGAUGGGAGGGGUGAGUGAGGAUGGUGUAGGAGGGGGUGAGCUGGGCACGGCAGCAGGAAUAGUGAGCGAGAGGGAGGUGUUACGGUCCGAGAUUCUCGUUGUUGAUUACUUUGACAGUGAGUCCGACACCUCUGCAGCUAACUCCCCCUGUGUCGCCAGUAACAGUAACCCUGCUGCUAAUUCUUCCUCUGCUGCUGCUGCUUCUGGGGCUGGAACUGCUAUUCGGGGUGGUUUUGCCGCAAAUGGCAGUGGGUUCAGCGCCAGUGGCAGCAUAGACAGUCCGGCGUCUGUGAAUUCGAGUAUGUGGGGAGGGAGUGCAGGGAGUGCAGGCAGCGCAGGCAGUGCGGGCAGUGCUAGGCACAGGGGUAUGAACAGUAUGGGCAUGAAUGGCGGAGUGCACAGUCCGUCACUGCCUCUCAGCCCUUUGAGCCCCUACAGCCCGGCUACCCCCUACAGCCCCCUCCGCCCUGCCAGCCCCAACCACAGCCCGCGCGCCAUCAAUCUCCCGCCGCCUGCCGUGGCUGUUGCUGCUGCUGAUGGCGCUGCUGCUGCUGCUGCUGCUGGUAGUCCUGGUGGCAGUAGUGCUGGUGGUAGUGCUGGUGGUAGUGCUGGUGCUGCAAGAGGGAAGAAGGGACGCGGUCGGGGGUUUUGGCGGGUAGCCAAUGAUAACAUGGGAACCUCUCCUUCUAGGUUGGUCUUUAGCAAGAAACACCAGCAGAAGCAGCAGCAGCAGCAGGCAGCUUCGUCACCCCUGUCAACAGCAUCAUCGUCAGCAUCAGCAUCAGCAUCCCCCGACACAGCAUGCACCGCGUCAAUGCCUGCUGGUACCUCCCGCCGUCUCUUCCCACUCUCUGCAUCCGCCUCCUCUGCUGCCCACCAUGCCAUUCCUCUGGGCUCCAGCACCCGCUCCCUCUCCAUGCCGUCCCACCCUGCCAACCAUAGUGUCCCGUUAAGCCCGCGAGGCACACCGGUUCCUUCAACUACCGGACAGGCCGACGCCACUGUGAGCAGCAGCAGCAGCAACAGCGGUGGUGCUGCUGCUGCUGGUGGGGCUGGCAGCAACAAUGGCAGUGUUGACGGGGGUGGAGCUGCUGCUGCUACUGCUGCUGGUGUAAGCAGCAGCAGCAGCAGUGUGAAGGGGUCGCUGACCCAGGCGGAUCCCCCGUCGUCGCCUUUUAUCCAGGGCAAGAUGAACAUGAUGGGGUGCGGGCCCCCCCUGGGUGUGUUCCGAUCACCCACCGUCGCCUCCUCCGUCUCUGCUGUGCUGCGCAAUGCAAGCAGGAGCAGAGGGGGGCUGGACCACCACCCCCUGCAGCAGGGGCAGGAGCAGCAGCAGCAAGGGCAGGAGCAGGAGCAGGAGCAGCAGCACGGGCAGGGGCAGGGGCAGGGGCAAGGGCAGGGGCAGGAGCAGCAACAGGAGGAGGAGAUUCAGCAGCAGGUGGGUGGUAGCAGCAGCAAUUUGGGGGGCGUAGGUACGGGAGACACAAGUGGAGUGAGGGAGGAUGGGGAGGAGACAGGGCGAGGGGAAGGGGAAGGUGGAGUGUCUGCACCUGCUGGUGUUAUGGGGAAGAGUGAGAGGGCAGCAGCAGGAGCAGUUUUAGGAGCAGGGGCAGAAGCAGGAGCAGGGGGUGGAGGAGGAGUUGUAGGAAACGAGGAAGGAACAGCAGCGGGUGCAAGAGGAGGUGGGCACGGACGGGGAGGGGGAGGAGGAGGGAAGAGAGGAGGGCAUAAGCAGUCGCACUCGCGGUCGGGAUCCCUCAUCGAAGGGGUUCGCAACUGGGGACGAUCCAAGUCCUCCAGCUCAUCGCACCACUAAUUCCUCUCCCACCAACCAACCGCUGCUGCCACCACAUCUCUGCUGUCAUCACUAGCAGCAGCAGCAGCAGCAGCAGCAGCAGCAGAGCAGCGGCACGAGUCAGUAGCAACUUGCAUGUCAAGCUAAGGUGCAGAGGAACGGCUAAGGGGGUAAGCUGCCAUCAUGUUGGCUUUGGGUGGCUCUCAAGCACAAUAUAAGCUUUUUGUCAGAUGCAGAAGGGCUACGGCAACUGGAUAGGUAGUGAACAAGCAGGGUAUGUGUGUGUAGGACAAGAGGAUCUAAUUGUAUAGCUAAUGUACCGUAGGCGCUUUAGAAUAUUGAGGUGAAGAAUGCAUCUUAGGUCGAAAUUUGCUCUUGUUUGUGAUAGUGGCCUCAGGAGUGCUGCGAGCCUGGCUUGUAUGUGCCUUGACUAGUGAAACCAGGAGCUUG